ACACUUAGGAACAUAACUAAUCUCAAAUCACCAAUCACCGAACUGAAAUUACUAUUUGACCAAUCACAACAAGCUAAGCGACAAAACUUCCUGAUUCACAAAACGCAUGUUGGUGUUCAUGCUGCUGAGGUCAACGCGAGUACAAUUAUUCUGUUACAGAACAAGUUGGCUAUCAUGGCAAAGAGUAAAUCAUGUGAAUCAGAUCCCAAAAGAAGUGGGUGCAAAAGGAUGAAGUUGAAUUCAAAUGAGAGAGAUGUCUGCAUUGACGAAAGCAAAGUGAAAAAGAAAAGGAAAAAUACUGACAUUGAGGAGGCUCCUAUACCAGUCCCCACAUUGUCAAAGAACACUUCAGAGGACGUGGUGACAAAUUCAAGGAAACACAAACAACAAGCAGAUGAUGCACAGAAGGAAAAGAAGCGGAAGAAGAAAAACAAAACUACUGGGAGUCCCAAGCCAAUCAUAGUCCCAGCUGCAGCAGAAGAUGAGGAGGAAGAUAAAGUGAUGGAGGGAGAGGAGGACUUGAGUCCAGAGGAGAGACGAGUCCUCGAGAGGAAAAUGAAGAAGAUUCUGAAAAAGGAGCAAAAGGAUCAACUUAAAGCUGAAGGGAAGACAGAAGACAAAAAUGAGGCCUCCAAACCCAUUGCUCCCCAACAGGCGCUAGACUACCUUACCUGUUGGGCUGAGAACCGUAAGGAGUGGAAGUUCCAGAAGACCAGGCAGACGUGGUUACUACAGCACAUGUUUGACUCAGAGAAGAUCCCAGAUGAGAACUUCUCUGUGCUUCUGUCUUACCUGGACGGGCUGCGUGGGGGGGCCAGGGACACCACCGUGCAGAAGGCUGAGACAUUGGUGCGGGAGGGGGAACAGGACACAGAUGCCCAGCAGAGGAUACAAAGAGCCAGGGAAAUCAUCCAGCUGCUUUCCUGACCAACCACUACCAUUAUUCUAGAUGAUCAAUCAAAUACCACCACAGCACCACCACCACACUCAAAGGGAAUAGUCAGUUCACUAGAUUCUUAUCGGCUGGUUCCUCAAUUAAUGCAGUGUGGUAUAUUCACUGUGUAUACAAAAUUAAAUGGCAACCAGCCAUGGUUGCUGGAAUGUUGAUACCAAUGAAUUCCAUAUUAUGUUCACACUUCUGUUAAGUAUUGUGAUGCUGUAUGUUUUGUUAUGACAUGAUGUAAUAUAAAUAUAUCCAUAGUUUCAUGUAAUCAAACUUGUCAUUUGCCAGUAGAUGAGCCAUUUAAAGCUGCAAUAUGUAACUUUUUGGGCAACGCUACCAAAUUUACAUAGAAAUGUGAGUUAUAGAUCUGUCAUUCGUCUAAGAAGCAGUAGAUCUGUUAUGUGCUUGUGCUUAAGUUUUGGUUUUUGGUUUUGUACAACAGCUGAAAAUACAAUAUUUUUGGUUAUUUCACAGCGGUUUAGAUUGUACAAUGAUUCUCUACACUAUACUUGCUUGUUUGGUCACAUAAACUGAAAUUAGGCUAAUUUCAGUAACCAGGAACUUAUGCAUAGUGACUCUAACCAUUCACAGUACUCCAGUCUAAAGCCGAUUGUUAAUCUUGCUGGGGAUGAUGAGCCUGUUUGUGCUGCAUCUGUAUCCUCUAUGUUUGUUUGACCUGUCAGUGAUGGAGCUGAUGUUGCCUUUUUAACAGUUUGCCUGGCUAUAUACAGAAUAUAUGUUGUCUUGCACACUAGACUGCUAUCAAGCCACUGUUUAACUGUUGCAGUACAACCAAUACAACUUUUGGGACUACUUCAAGACUACUUCUUGAGUAUGCAGUUUGCCCCUGCCUGUGUUUUGGCCAAUGGCUAAUAAAUUCAGUUGUGACUGCGAUCAAUGCCGAGAGGAGACAAGGGCCCGGUCCAGCAUCAAUUGUACCAGUAUAAUAAGAAGCAUAACAGUUCCACCUUUCCCUUUUAGAAGGUGGGUAGCAUAAACGUUACCAUAGAUUUGCAUCCAUUUUGCAUACCCCACCCUACCAUAGGACAUCCAUGUCUACAUCACUGGAAAAUAUAAAUGGUUGAGUUUGAUAUCACUUAAAAGCUUACAAACAGGGUUGUCAAACUAUUUCCUAAAAAGUUGUUUAAUGAUAUAAAAGCGUAAACUCAAA